CACGAUCGUAAUCAGCAGUAGUAAAAACAUUUGGCUUGUAAUAAGGAAAUUUGAGCUGUCACCUCCUUAUGAGCUGUUAUAAUAAUAGAACUACUAUUGAUUGUUCAGUAUGGAUUCAAAUUAACGCACUGCCACGACGUAAACACUGCAGCCGAUUACGGGCGUGAGUUAAAACGCGCGAUCUUCUGUCGGACCCGUGCUCGCCGCUGGUUGGCUCCCGAGCUUCGGCCGGACCCAACCGUGUGUUCACGAGCGCGAGCGGUAGUGCUGCCGAAUAAAACGCCGCCGUAAUCGACCCCCAACAUGAAUAUGAAUGUCACCUAUAAACUGAAGUGAGAAGUCGUCAUGUCGGACGAAAAUGAUGACAAGUUGUUAGAGGAGGAUGGAGAUGAGGAAUAUGAUCUCGGCGAAGGAGAUGAAGAGGCUCUUUUAGCUGAUUAUGCAGAGGAGCACAAUGAUGGUCUUCUUGAAGAAUCUGAGGAUGUUUUGGAUCUUGAAGUACGGGACGAUUUUGAUACUGAAAUUCAAGAUAGUGACUAUGGGGCUCCAGAUAGCACUGAACCUACAUAUGAUUUGACGCCACGCCAUAGCACUCGAGAAAGGGAGCAUGUUGAAGAAGAAUCUCCAGUUCAAGAAUUCUCUACCUCUCAAGAAGAUUGCCAACCCAGUAGAAGCAUCCCUCAAGAUGAAGAAGAGGAAGAAGAUGAUGAUGACGAAGAAGGGAUUAGGGGCCGCUUCCGAUCUGAACGCGAUUCUUCGGGCCCUGUCAAAGCAAAUCGACAACAGUAUGGUAACAUACCAGAUUCAUUAGAUCAAGUGAUACCUGACGAAAGCAGUAAUCAAAUGCAAGGUAUUUCACGAAUUCAGAAAGGAAUGUGGGGAAGAGGUAGAGCAGGCCGUGGCGCCACGCGCGGCAAUAUGGCAAGAGGCAGUCCACCCAAUCGAGGAGCAAUGCGAGGUGGACGCGGCCAGUCUCAUGGCCAAAGGCUAUGGAACCCUAGACAACCUGGUCCUGGCGCAAUUAAUCAGAACAUGGGCAUGCGUCCCGGAAAUAUGCACAAUCAUCCACAUAGGGUGAUUGCCAAUGUAAGACCCAUGGGUCCCAACUUAAGAGGCAACAUAAGGGGCAACAUGAGACCCAACAUUGGUCAGAAUAUGGGGCCCAACAUGGGACCAAACAUGGGGCCUAAUAUGGGGCCCAACAUGGGGCAUAAUAUGGGACCCAACAUGGGACCUAAUAUGGGACCCAACAUGGGGCAUAAUAUGGGACCCAACAUGGGACCUAAUAUGGGACCUAAUAUGGGACCUAAUAUGGGACCCAAUAUGGGUCCCAAUAUGGGUCCCAAUAUGGGUCCUAAUAUGGGUCCUAAUAUGGGUCCCAAUAUGGGUCCCAAUAUGGGUCCCAAUAUGGGUCCCAAUAUGGGUCCCAAUAUGGGUCCCAAUAUGGGUCCCAAUAUGGGUCCCAAUAUGGGUCCCAAUAUGGGUCCCAAUAUGGGUCCCAAUAUGGGUCCCAAUAUGGGACCCAAUAUGGGACCCAACAUGGGACCCAACAUGGGACCCAACAUGGGACCCAACAUGGGGCCCAACAUGGGACCCAAUAUGGGGCCCAAUAUGGGACCCAAUAUGGGACCCAAUAUGGGACCCAAUAUGGGACCCAAUAUGGGUCAACAUGUAGGCCCACCUAUGGGUCAGCACAUGGCUUACAUGAGCAUGAUUGGACCUAAUGUAGUAAUUCCUAAUGUGCCACCACCUCACAUAGGGCCUCCAAACACAAGGCCACCUCCAAUGGCCCCCUCUAAUGUGGCUUCUCCUUUCGGUCAUCCAAACAUGGGUUCUAACAUGAAUAUUCACUCGAAUAUAGGACCUAUGGGACAUGGGUCUGGCCCAAAUCUGAAUGGAGGUUUUGGUCAUUUAGCUCAGAAUGGAGGUGGAAUGUCCUCUGGCUUUAAUGCUAAUAUGUUGGAGGAAAAUCUAUCCUAUAUUAGAACAAAUCAGGAUGAUCAGUUUUCUAUCCAAAGAGUCAUUUACAACACCCAGCAUUCUGACUCUAACCUCCAACCAAAUAUGCCUACUAAGAUCCACAUUAAUCCACAUUUCCGAGGGAAUGUGUAUCCACCAAAUGAGGGGAGAACAUCUUGGAACAACAACGAAAGUUUGCAGUAUAACAAUAAUGGCCCAACAGGGCACGAAUUGAACUAUCACCAUGGCCCUACUCCAGACUGGAGCCAAACUCCUCAAAACCUAAACCAAAAUGCUCAGGUAAACCUUGUCCAACACCACAAUAGCUUUGGAGGCUCACCUCAGCAGCCUGUGGAAUCUUUCCAGUCGCAUGGAGGUCAUCAGAAAUUGCUGCGCCAACCUCCAAGGCAGCAAUCAACCCAGCAGAUGAGUCAACAGCAUCAUUUCAGAAACCAAAUCCACUCUCCUCCAAAACGGUCCUUAGCUGAAUCAACAUCAUCUUCCUCUUCUUCUCCAGGUGUGGUGCCUCGUAAACAAGUUAGAUUAGAACCAAAACAGGAAAAAGAUAUCCAAGGUACCAAAGUAGAAGAAAAUUUAAAUGAAGACGAGGAAACUCGCGAGUACCGCAAAAAAAUAGAACAACAGAAAAAACUUCGUGAGAAGUUUUUACAGGUAAAAGAAGAGCGAAGAAGAAAAGCAGCCCUGGAGAAACAGAGAGAAAUUGAUCCAUCGACUGUUAGCAAACAACUUACCUCUGCUGGGAAUGACAGACCUGUGUUGUCUGUACAGCCUUGUCAGCAGCAAACCAUACCCACUAUUGUUAAUAGAAAUCAGGACAAUUGUUUAUUUAAUUCAAGAAAUGAGCAAAUGAGACAAUCACAGCAGCAGCUGCAAAACCAGCCUUUUAGUAAUGUAUCAAGUGAAGCUAGUAGUAGUCGACCAUCGAGGGGUAGAGGUGUAGGGGCUGUGAGAGGCAGAGUUGCAGCUGUCAAAGCCCGUGGUGGAAGAGGGGGGCAGGUAGCACAGAUCCAUGAAAGGCUGGGCAACACACAAACUGCGGCCCAGACCACCCAAGUCACCACUCAGGGAUCUACUUCCAGACUUCCUCAGGCUCAAAGUGUGCUUAGUGGAUCUGCUGGAAGUGCCGUAUCCAGCAGUGUGCCUCAACGGGGUGGCCAAGUUGGACGAAUUGUUGUUAUGCGAGGUGGACAUAGCCAAAGCAACAGUGGUGUUCAAAGAAGUGUGAAGAUUUCGCAAGAGACCGGCGCUUCUGUAGAAUCAAGUAGUAUGAGUAGUGAUGUCCUUUCUUCAGCUGCAAAGUCAGUGUCUGUUGAAAACUUAGCAAACAGCACAAAUGAAACACAGUUGCGAAUGAUGUGCAAUUGUAUUGGUAGGGUUGAGAGUAUAAAAGUAGAUCAAGCAAGGAAGCGAGCUUUAAUACGCUUUGCUGCCACGGAGGCUGCAUCUGCUUUUGUGAAACGAUAUCAACGAAAAAUGAUAGAUCUAUCUUUAAUCAAAGUUUCUUUAGUGAAUGACUGAUGAAUGGAAAUGUAUGUUAUUGAACAAGUUUGUAGAGUCAUGACACAUUGCCACCAAGGAAGUUAUGCAUCUCCUUCAGCUUCCAAAACUGUCUAAAAUGCCAAGCUUUCAAGAUGAUAAUGAUAGUGUGGCACAUAAUGUUUAUUGUUUUUUGAAAGGGAUAUAAAUACACUGGUAUCAUCUGUAAUCCUUGUUACAUUUUCGUGUGAUCAAUCUCUUCUUUAGACUUCUUUUGUACUUGUUGAAGCAGCAGGAUCACCCGAGCUGAGAAACUUCUCUAUACAUUACCUAUGAAUUUAAGUGUGAUUGUCUCAGAUUAUGCUGUUACAAGUCUGAUGAAAUGAAAAUAAUAAUAAUCUGUUGCAUUAAUUUUAUUGUUGUUUUUAUCAUCUUCAUUAGGUCGUUUGUUUCCUAAAUAAUUGUUUCCCUGACAUCAGCAUUGUUAAAGUAUUUGUCUUUUCGAAAAAGGACGAUUUUCUGUCUGCAAUUCUUAUUGUACCCGAAAAGCUAUUCUUGAGUAUGUCCCUGCUUUAUCUGUACCCCUUUCCUUGUGUGAACUGGACUUCUUUAUGAGAUUUCUUGUAGGUGUAAAGACCUCUGUGAUUAAUUGAAGUUUAUAUUUGACUCAUCUGAUUUUACUGAGAUGUUAAUUAUCAUAUGAAAAGAAGCAGAGUGCUCUCUUCAUUGUUAAUCUUUGUGGAUUUUCCCUUCUAGUGGCCUUUCAAAGAUUACUGGUAUAAUAUUUUUAUUCUGUGCGGGAUGGCAGGUUAAUUUUAUUCUUAUCACCCUGCAGUAUUGGAGUUAACUUCAUGCUUUUCUUUUAAAAAAUAUCUUCUAUUUUUAUUAUUUUUAUAUUUUAUUUUUCCGAACGUGCUAUCAAUUCUCUGUAUUUGGUUUGUACUUUCAUCCAAGCAAUAGUGUUACUUUGACAGGGGCGACAGUAAAGAUAUCUGUUUUACAAAAA